CGCUCACAUAGACACAAAGUAGACCAAAGUCAAGGAAGCAAGGAGUAAAUGAACAAAUGUGUGACAUGAGGAUUUCUACUGUUUGAGCGUCAAGAAGUCCUGAUGGAUCUUAGUGAGGAGGAGUCUGAACCCUUAGUAAUCAGAGACCGAGGAGGCAGCCAGAGAUCCAGUUCCAGCACUGGUUCCUGUCUACAAGUGCACCUCUACUUCUUUCCAGACACAAAAGACCAGACAACAUUUCAGAUUUCAUCUGGCCAAGUCUCUGCUGAAAAUGUUUGCAUUCAAGCUGGCAAAAAGUGUGGAAUCUUACCGGUGUACCAAAGCCUUUUUGGGUUGGCAUCUGCUGAUCUCUCAUUUUGGUAUCCCCCAUCACACAUGUUUAACACAGAUGAAAACCUGCAUGUCCACUUCAGAGUCAGGUUUUUCUUUGGAAACUGGUUUGGUCAAGGAGUGAAAUCAUCGUACCGCUACAGUCUGACCAGAGACAGAAUCAGUCCAGUGCUGGACUACAGUGUCAUUGACUACCUCUUUGCUCAGCUGCGAAAUGAUUUCAUUGCUAGUGAAGCCGGAGUUUCCCCUCCUCUGAGCACUCAGGAGGAAUGCCUGGGCCUUGCAGUGUUGGACUUGUGGAGAAUGGCUAAGGAGCGUCACCAGAGUGUCAGAGAGCUCUGCAGGAGCGUCAGCUACAAAUCCUGCCUUCCAAAGCUGCAUCGCCAGGACAUCCAGAAACGAAGCCGCCUGGAUCGGUAUCGAAUCCGAAACACCCUGAAGCGAUACUUGAGGAAGAUCGGCAGCUGCUCUGUUGAUGAGUGCAGCUUGAAGCUCAAGUACCUGAUUGAACUGGCUGGCAUAGAGCCUUCUUUGGGGAGUGAAACUUUCCAAGUUAAUCCCUCUUUCUCCCAUUCAAAGUCAAAUUUCUCUCUUGUGCGGGUCACCGGGGAAGCUGGAAUUCAGACCAGGGAAAGUUCUCAUCCAGAUACGGCUGUGUGGCAGACCUUCUGUGAUUUCAAAGACAUCACUGACAUCAGCAUAACUAGACUGAGCCAUGAUCAAGUCCCCCAAGACAACAGGAUGGUGACUAUAACAUGCAAAGAUGACCGAUGCCUGGAGGCCACAUUUCAGUGUCUCAAGGAGGCCCUUUCAUUCAUGUCACUUGUUGAUGGCUACUUCAGACUGACCACAGACUCCAGCCACUACUUCUGUCAAGACAUCGCUCCUCCAAGUAUUCUUGACAGGAUCAAAAACUACUGUCACGGCCCAAUCACAUCAGAGUUUGCUGUCAACAAGCUGAAAAAGUCUGGGUGUAAAGGUGGUGCAUUUCUCCUUCGCCAGAGUCCCAAGAACUAUGACAACUUCUUCCUGACUGUUUGCGUUCAGACUCCACUUGCUCUUGACUAUAAAGACUGCCUUGUCAUCAAAAAUGAACUCUACAGUCUCCCUGGUGUGCAUAAAACCUUUGCCAGCUUGAGAGAGCUCACCAUGUAUUACCAACACAACAAGCUGCUAUUGGCCGACAUACCAGUCAAGCUGGGUCACUGCUGUCCCCCUCGGCCAAAAGAGCUCACAAAUCUGAUCAUCAUACGCAGCAGCAGCAGCUCUGUGGAAGCUCAAGGCUCUCCAACACUUGAGAGGAACAAAUUCAGUAAUAUCCAGUUCCACAUGAUCAAGUAUGAAGACUUGACAUGGGGGGAGAGCCUUGGACAAGGAUCCUUCACUCGAAUAUUCAAGGGCUUCAAACGUGACAUCCAUGAUGGAGAGAAACACGUGACAGAAGUUUCUCUGAAGGAGCUUGAUGUUGUUCACAAAAACUGCUGGGAGUCAUUCUUUGAAGCUGCCAGUUUGAUGAGCCAGAUUUCCCACAAACACCUCCUCCUUGUCUACGGUGUAAGUGUUUAUGGAGCAAAAAACAUCAUGGUGCAGGAGUUUGUCAAGUACGGGGCUCUUGACCUUUACUUGAAGAGAGGGAGAUCAGUGUCAGUGAGCUGGAAACUUGAUGUAGCAAAGCAGCUCGCGUCUGUCCUAAACUUCCUGGAAGAGAAGAGCAUCGUUCAUGGAAACAUCUGUACCAAAAAUCUGCUGCUGGCCAGAGAAGGAGACGCAGCACAGGGAAGCCCUCCCUUCAUUAAGCUCAGUGACCCCGGCAUUAGCAUGACCAUGCUGGACAGAAACGUGAUCCUGGACAGGAUCCCCUGGGUGGCCCCUGAAGUGCUUGAGUCUCCAAACAACCUGACCCUUGACAGUGAUAAGUGGAGCUUUGGUGCCACUGUGUGGGAAAUCUUUAACAGUGGGAACAAUCCGCUGCAGGGCUGCGACUUGAACUUGAAGUGUCAGUUUUACGAGAACUUCCAGCAGCUGCCUCCCUCCCAGUGGACCGAGCUGGCUGAUCUUAUCGCUCAGUGUAUGCACUACCAGGCGGCCUUCAGACCUUCCUGUCGCAGCAUCAUCCGUCAGCUUAACAGCAUGAUCACAUCAGACUAUGUGAUUUUACAUGCUACGGAGCCAGUUUCUCAGAGUCCCGGGUGGAAAGCUCUCACCCAACAUGACCAGACACUGUUUGAAGAGAGACACCUUCGCUUCAUCUCCAGUCUGGGAAAAGGAAACUUCGGCACAGUUGAGCUUUGCUGUUAUGACCCGCUGGGCGAUAAUACAGGCGAGUAUGUGGCCGUGAAGAAGCUGCAGCACAACAAACAGUCAACCUUGGAGGAGUUCAAGAAGGAGGUGGACGCCCUCAGUGCUUUUCAUAGCGACUACAUCGUCAAAUACAGAGGGGUCUGCUACAGCACGGGUCGUCUCAGCAUGAGUUUGGUGAUGGAGUAUAUGCCCUGUGGCAGCCUCAUUCACUAUCUGGAGAAUAACCGACACAAAGUCAACACAAGGCGGAUGCUGCUUUUUGCUUCGCAGAUCUGCAAGGGAAUGGAGUGCCUGCAGAGCAUGCGUUAUGUGCACCGAGACCUCGCAGCCAGAAAUAUUCUUGUGGCCAGUGAUUUGCUGGUGAAAAUUGGAGAUUUUGGGCUGAGCAAAAUAAUUCCUUUUGAUAAGGAGUACUAUCGUGUCACACAGCCUGGAGAGAGCCCCAUAUUCUGGUACGCUCCAGAGGCCAUCAAUGAGUCCAAAUUCUCCCACAAGUCAGAUGUCUGGAGUUUUGGAGUCGUUCUUCAUGAGAUUUUCUCCUACUGCGACACAAAUGUCAACCCAAAAAGACUUUGUAUGCAGGCAAUUGGAUACAACAUGCAGGGUCCGUCUAUCUCCAUGCAUCUGGCAAAUCUUCUGAAGAAUAACUGGAGGCUGCCUGCUCCACCAAACUGCUCUGUCAAGGCGUACAGCCUGAUGAAGCAGUGCUGGUCGUAUGAUUCUGCUGAACGCCCAUGUUUCUCCAACCUGGAAAACCUGAUUGAAAGCAUCAUGCAGGACGAGAGGGAGAAUCUGAAAGGCUGACAAGGCGCCACGCUGCACCUGUCAGCUAAACUUGUGCCUGAGAUCAACAGCAUGAACUCAUACAGUUUUACGAAGGGUCCAGAUUACAGCUCAGUUCACUCACAGCAUUGGAAAACAGAGUAAUAUAGGCAUUUACACACUGAUGACAGAAUUUUGUCCAUGCUGAGCACAGCUCUGUACAGCUUAGCGAUCAAAUAAAGUGUAAGAAUGUAUGCUGCAAACAGGAAGACAAGCAAGACCAUGCUUAUUGCUACGGUUCAGUCAAAGAUGUGUUGAUCAAAAACACUUUGAAGAUUGAAGAUAUUGUGUUAACCACUUUUAUAUCACAUAAAACCACUGCAAAAAUGUAUAUAAGGAGGCAGGUUUUUUUAUAAGCCUUUUAACCAAUCCAGUGCUGGUCACAAAAAAACAAAAAACUUUAGGGUUGUCAAAGUCAUCCUGCUGUCUUUCUAAACAGUCACUAUAAGUUCUCUGCACGCCACAAUAAAAAUUUCAGUAUCAAACAACAUCAGCUAUAUCAUGGGAAAUAAUUACCCACAAUGAAAUCGGCAGGUUAUGUAAAGGGUUCCGUAUCUUUGUUUGUUUGUUUCUUUGUUUGUAUGUGUACAUGAUAACUCAAGAACGGAGGGUCGGAUCUUCCCCAAACUUUCAGGGAAUAUUGGGAUAGUGACAUGGAAGAAUUGAUUAGAGUUUGCUGAUGAUCCGCGCACCCAUUCGGUUUUUUCUCGGACUUCAAAUUUUGAACACCAUAGUAAUCAAGGGGAGCGUGAGUUCCUCGGUGGCACUGCUUAGGCGUGAGUCUGCCGCCUCAGACGGCCAUUCUAGUUUAUCAUGUUUUUCAGGUUUUAAAAUCCCAACCAUCAUGGUAGGUACAAAAAGAUCUGUCUAUCCUCAGGUUUACACGUCUAUAGUCUGGGAUGAUCAAAUCUGAUUUUGGUUGUUUUAAGUUAGAAGUGAUUCUCACUCCAGAAUCAGAGCGAGUUAAAAUACUGUAUUGUAGAGAGAAUGUCAGGCACACUCUCCUGAGCACUGUUAGGCAUCUAUAUUGCAGCAUGUGUAGUAUUUCUGUCUCUAAAGGGGUAAACAGUUAAAUAAACUGAAGACAAAAGUCAUUUUGAUUUUUUUGUGUGAAAAAGUUUUCUAACGUAUUUGUAAUUUUAUUUUCUCAGAUUUUUAAAAAUGCAAUGUUUGGCAUUGUAGUGGAAAAAUGUGUUGUAUUUUGUUUAUUCCUCUAAAAAUUGCCUUUGUUUAAAAUAAAGUUCUGUUGUUGAAAAAAAGCUA